UCGCCAAUUCUUUUCCAUAGAUUUGACCAAACCUGACCCAGGGGGCUGGAAUGAAUCGAAUGAAAAUGCCAGUUUUAAAUUUAAGGUUAUUUUUCGAUUUACAUAGUUCAGUGAUAAAAAAAAACAUUACUGUGUAUAAACUAAACAUAGAAAUCGACUGAGAAAAAGGCUAGGAAUUAUUCGUCUCGCUGAUUUAUUAAGUAAUGCGAAAAAAAUAUCCGAUUUUUUGACAGAGGAUACAAAUAUUAGGAAUUGGGACAUGUGCUUGGAGCGAAAAACGACCUUAGAAUACCAAAAGCGACGUUAUGUUAACAAUACAAUUCGGACAAUGUGGCAACCAACUAGGCCACAGUCUCUAUUCCUCAUUAUCAUCUGACAUCGACUCCCGAGACAAAACCCUGCCUCGUGAGCUAAAUUACCGCUACUCAGAGUCUGCCUUCGAGAGAUGGUUCGAAGGCAUCACCAAAGAGGGAAAACGCCUCGCCAGGGCGAUCCUAAUCGACACGGAGCAAAAGGUAAUCAAGAAAAUCUUUAAACAGCCCAAUUCCAAGUGGACUUAUCGUCCGCAGAAUUUAGUUUGCCAAGCCGGCGGAGGUUCCGCCAACAACUGGGCCUACGGAUAUCUCAUCAAAGGUCCGCAGCUCAAAGAAGAAACUCUAGAGGCUGUCCGCAAAGAAGCGGAACGAGCAGAUCGUCUCGGGGGAAUACUGCUGCUUCUCAGCUCCGCUGGUGGGACAGGGUCUGGAGUUGGGAGUCACUUUGUCGAACUUCUGCGGGAAGAAUUCCCCACAAAAACCCUCCUAGGAUCCACAGUCUUGCCCUUCACUUCCGGCGAGGUUGGCACUCAGAAUUACAACACUCUGCUCACUCUAGCUAAAUUUAGCGAGUUUUGCGAUGCUGAUUUGCUGUUCGAGAACGAGCAAAUCCACUCGAUUUGCACGAGUGUGCUGAAGAAUGUCGAGGCCAAGUUGAAGGAUAUUAAUGAAAUUAUUUGCAGAAAACUCGCCGCGGUUUUUCAGCCUGUGGAGAAUUCUCUUGAUGCCAGUUCACUCGUUUCUCUCAUUGCACCACAUCCUAGUUUUAAGUUUGCUUCUGUGAAAAGUGUGCCUCAUAUCGCUUUAAAUUGCACCGCUUAUGAGUCCUCCUACAAAUGGCACUCGCAUAUCCGCCACUUGAAGCAAACUUUGAGAGUGAGAUCUUUGCACCAUGAGCUUGGUGAUGCAGAAACGAAAAAAUUGUCCCACAAUCCAAGUGAUGCGAGUUCUCAUAAGUACUGCAAGUCGGUCUCGAAUAUUUUAAUAACUAGAGGUACUUCCCUCGCCAAGGAUCCACUGAUUUGCGACGAUUUCAAGAGGAGGGAUUUGUACGUCGACUGGAUUUCAGAAGCGGAUCGAUUCACGCAUUUGAAUCAGGAGCGGCAACUUUUUAGUGAGGAGAAAUUCGCGGCACUUGUUACCAACAAUUCGCAAAUUCAUCGUCCUUUGGAUUUGAUUGUCGAGAAGGCCUGGAAAAUGUACACAAAUGCUGCGUUUUUACAUCAGUACAAAAAAUUUGGGUUGGAGGAGGAUGAUUUUCUGACCUCUUUUGCCAAAGUUGAGAAUGUUGUCAAGAGUUACAGAGAAUUGGAUCAGAAUUAGACUUUUUUAAGAUUACUUUUUCUGGGCUGUGAUUUUUUUUUUUCUUGAGAAAAAUAUUGAAAAUGAAGCUGGACCAAAAAUUUUACUGUAAAAUGAAGUAAAAUUAAUUUUAGUGAAUGUAACACUAGUUACUAAAUUAAGCAUAUUCUCUGUUUGGAACUCUAGUCGAGUCUUAUAAAAAUAAUUGUAGAACGCUUUAAUAAUUUUAAGGAUGUAAAUAUUUUCUUUUUUUUAUAAAAUACAUAUUUUUGAA